AUGCCGAAACAAAAAUCUUUUCUGAAGGAGACAUCAAAGACGAAGAAAAAGACCAAGCAGCCGCAGCCUCAGACAGCAGAUGAAUUCUUAGCAGCGGGCGUCGAUCUCGAGGAAGCCGGAGAGAAAUGGCGUGCCGGUGAUGCAGUGAAAUCCAUGCGCUUUUUUAUGCGCGCUAUUGAGACCUACGAUAAUGGAUUGGGCAAGUAUCCGACUUCAUUUGACCUGGCUUAUAACAAGGCGAGAGUCCAGUAUGAGAUCACACAACAUCCUAAGCUGGCUAAGUUGCUUUCUGCACCUCUGGUGAAGGUCCUGCAGGUCGCGCUUCAGUCGCACAGGGAGGCACUCGCCCUCGAUCAGGACAAUGCAGAUGUGCUGUUCAAUACGGCGCAAGUUUUGACCAGCAUAGCUGAAGCACUUACAGAGGCGAAGCAUCCGUCUGAUCGGCAAAUCCAGGAAGCAUUGCAGAAUCUCAGAGAAGCGCUUGAGCUUUUCCAACGAUGUCUGGUGGUGCAAGAGCUCCGGUAUACUGAGGCUCAGGAACAGAUUCGAAUGAUGGAAUCGGGAGAGCUUGGAGGAGCCGAGCAGCAGAUGCAAGAACCUGAGCAGGCAGAGUCAUCUACUGCAGCUGAGCCGGAGCAAGAGCAGUGGGCCGCUGUAGUCGAACCCGUCACGAAGAACACACUUGUCGACACGGCUGUAGCACAGUUGCAGACACUGGCGACGCUAUGCAAUCUUCUUACAUUCAACCCGGACGGCAAGGACGUGGCUUGGGUAGAAGAAUAUUCUUUCGACCUGCUCAACACCAAGAUAGCUGCGUACGUGGACGGAUCAGACAAGCACUAUGAGGUCGCUCUUGCGCGGGCGGAAUUCAUGGCUGCUUUAAGCGAACUCUCGUAUCGAAGCGGCCGCAUCGAAGUCGACACUUAUCAGAGAGAACUCGAGGCUGUCUUUGGUCCUAAUCUGGACGUGUCUGAUGAUCCAGAGGGUCUUUGUAACAAAGCUGAGGCGCUUGUGUCGUUUAACUCAGCCCUAGCCGAUUUCCCACCUCCGCGUCCAGAACAAAUCAGCGAGACUCUGGUCCUGCGGUGGCAGGCACUAUCUUCAGCUUUAGAUGCCCUGACCGCAGCGUCAAAGCAUCCCGACGCUGACAACCUCCCUAAGAUCCACGUGGCACGCGGUGACGCGGAGAUGUACAGGUGGCGGCUGGGGUGCCCUCCUUGGGAGUAUAAGACAGCUCAUGAUAACGCUGCGACCCUCCUUCGGAACGCCCAGACGUACUACCGGGGUGCCGCUGCUCUUGCUCGGAGGGAUGGAGCCAGAGAUGAAGAAAGAGAUGGCACAUGUAAGGAAGCGAUCGCGGCAGCCUUGGCUGGCGACAGGACGAAGUUGGACCAACUUCGAAGCACUGCGGCAAAGGACGUCAUCGCUGUAGCUGAGGACAUGGUGGGAGACAAUAUGGCGAUGGCAUCCGACCUCGAGCCUCUGCUUUCAUGA